CCUUUAAAUAGCCUUUCAUCCAUACCUUAUUGCGUCAUACAUUUACUGCUUACAAAAUUUAAUUUAAAUAAAAUAAUAAAAUAAAUAAAAAAAAGGGGAAAAUCAUAUAUGGAGAAUGAAGGGCGACUGGGUAGCGGCGGCUCGGCGCAAGCCGAGCCACAGAGGUCGCGCUGGGCGCCGAAGCCGGAGCAAAUCCUGAUCCUGGAGUCCAUAUUCAACGGUGGGAUGGUGAAUCCGCCCAAGGAAGAGACGGUCAGGAUUCGCCGGCUGCUCGAGAAGUUCGGCGCCGUCGCCGACGCCAACGUCUUCUACUGGUUCCAGAACCGCCGCUCCCGGCUGCGCCGCCGCCAGCGGCAAAUGCAGGCGGCCGCCGGAGAGCGAUGGGAAUCUCAGCUGCCGGCGGCCCCCGGAAUAGCUAUGUAUGACUGCUGUAUGGCGGCGGGAGGCGGCGGAUAUUCGAUUGCCGAUCUUGACGGCUUGGCUUACGCUGCGGGCUCGGGCUUGGAUCCGGGCUCGUCGUCGUCGUUUUCUUUCGGGCCCGGAACGGCGGCGGAUCAUGCUUCCGGAGAAGUUUUGUCGUUUUCCGGCAAUCCGCCGGCGGUGCAAGAAUUUGAUCAGAGUUUGCAUUUUGGGAACUCGGAAGGUUCCCAUUUGUAUGAUUUUCACUCUGAGAUGGCGAUAACAGUGUUCAUCAAUGGCAUAGCGACAGAGGUGGGGCCGGGAGCACUAGACCUGAGAAGCAUGUUUGGGGGUGAUUUCAUGCUCUAUCAUUCGUCUGGACUACCUAUUGAGGUCAAUGAGUUUGGACUCUUGGUCCAGGCCUUGCGCCACGGUGAAAGCUAUUUUCUGGUCCCAAAGAAUUGCUGAGUUUGUUACUUAGGAGCGAGCAUGUCCCCAUGCACGAGUUUCUAUUUUUAAAUUAAUUGUCUAAAUUAGUUGCAAGGAAAAUUGACUUUGUCUAAAUUAAUAUAUAUAUAUAUAUAUAUAUAUUAUCUUAUUGCCUCAUGAAAAUUU